UAAAGAAAUCCUAAUAAGGGCUUUCGGUUUUUGAUGUUAAAGGGAUCUCUGUAAAAUAUUAGUUUUCCCUAUUUUUUUUUUUUUUUUUCUAUAUAAUAAAUUGAUCCUUACGGUGUCUUUGUGUACAAUUUACAUUUAUUUUAGAAGUUUUUAAACAUCCCAAACUCCUGCUCCUCUAUGAACUUCAUUGAUUUGAGUCUUUUGACUGUUCUCUCCACCCCUGCAGGCGCGCUGGGUUGUGACCUCGCGCGUAAAAACAUAAACGUGUUUUUCUCUGAACCCUCAGCCAUUUACUCCAGUCAUCUUACACCCGCGUUCACACUUGUUUUUAAAAACAGGAUAGAGCUUCAGAUUGAUUGAUGUGGGCUUUAACCAUCGACUGGUUAAUCCCAGUGAAUGACAAAUGGUUAAGCCAAUUGCCGUGAAGGCAGUUUAUAUUCCCAUAGUGUCUUUUAUUUUGGGAAAGAAGGAAAAAAAACCUCUAUGACACUGAGAGGAACGAUUAUCCAGGCGUGAAGCUCACAAAUCCAUCUGAGGCAGGAAUCCGCUGGACCUGGAUCUGAACACAUUCAUCUCCUCUCACGCGCGCGCGCUCAUCCAUCCCAUGGUUUGAGACUGCUAUGUCGUGACCGGAACGAUGCAAAUGUCACACGCUUUACGGGCUACUGUCAGUCUCCGUUUCGGGCACGUCAAUGUUUUGGCUGCUUCUGGAUGAAUUUGUCGGCCGCUCCUCGCUGCGGAGGGGAUUCGACAGUCUUCGUCGGGCUCGUUUCAGCACCUGGACAGCUCCUUCGGAGGGUUCCCCGCUGCGCACGCGAGGAGGGAAACCCUGCGCUGGGGGGAGCAGGACCCGGUUCUGCAUCUGGAUCAAACAAACCUCCCCCCUCCUCCUCUAUAGCCAUCACAAUCGAGGGCCCUCUGCUCGAUCGCUCGGAUAGCUUCUUAAAGGCUAACAUGCCGGGAGACGAUGCUCCUCGCCUCUGAGCUGCAGCCUCUCCUCGGGUUUGCUCUGAAAAGCGCGCAGCGCGACGCAGCAGCGGGGAGAAGCACUGCUGCUGCUGCUGCUGCUGCUGCCUCACUCACUCUCAUCCACACUGAGGGACACAUCGCUGUCAGCGAGGGGGCAACGGGAAGCACGGUUACCCCAAACAAUGGACGUCUCUCACAGGUUCACCAUGAAAGCGCUGCAGCUUUAAAACAAGGAGUGAAGAUCUAGUGUGGAGCAUCAUCACCACGCUUCCAUCUCCAACAUCAUCAUGGCAAAUGCUGACGAAGUGGAGCAGGCGGGUCUGUCAGACUUGGAGAUUAUCUCUCAGCCGGUGGACGAUGAGAACCAAUGCUUGGCUCCUCCGGUCCAGCUGGUGAGCUUUGGCUACAGAGAUCUACCCCUGGCUGCUCUGGACCUCUCGUUGGCGGGUUCACAGCUGCUCUCCAAUGCAGAUGAAGAUGAAAACAGGGAGGGGUCUAACUGGCUGAAGCCGUGCUGUGGACGGCGAGUGGCUCUGUGGCAGGUCUGUCUGCUCAGCGCCGGCUUCAACUGUGUUCUGGUGGCCUGCGUCAUCCUGGUGGUGCUUUUCCUCUCUUUGGAGCUCCUUAUAGACACCAAACUUUUACAAUUUUCUAAUGCUUUCCAAUUUGCCAGCAUUAUCCACUGGAUCAGCCUUAUCAUCCUGUCACUCUUCUUUUCAGAGACAGUCUUCAGAAUCGUUGUGCUCGGGAUCUGGGACUACAUAGAGAAUAAAGUUGAGGUGUUUGACGGUGCUGUCAUUGUGCUGUCUCUGGCCCCAAUGGUGGCCUCUACAGUGGCCAAUGGGCCCAGCAGCCCGUGGGACGCCAUCAGCCUUAUCAUCACUUUACGCAUCUGGAGAGUCAAGAGAAUCAUCGACGCGUAUGUACUGCAGGUGAAAGUGGAGAUGGAAUUGGAGAUCCAGCAGUGUGAGAAGACCAAGGCUGUUAGAGAGGAGCAGCUGGAACGCCUCACUCAGAUCUGUCAGGAGCAGGCUUUUGAGAUCAGACAGCUGAGAGCACAUCUGGCCCAGCAAGACCUGGACCUGGCUGCAGAGCGGGAAGCCGCCAUGCAGAUCCACCACGUAUGGGGCAAACAAGGCCAGAGCUUUCACGUCGUGGAAGGUUUGACACCGGGGGAGUCUGACGACGAGGGUGGUCAGAGGAAUCCCAGGGAGCCUCAUGUCGGUGCAGAUCCAGUGGUGCGCGACGACAUGAACAACUACAUCAGUCAAUACUACAGUGAGGCAAGCAGUGAUGCGGGAGUGUCUGGUUUGGGGGCCCGGGUCAUCACCACUGCUGCGAUCGACAUCCACCUCCCCACCAACCCCAUCCAGUCGAAUGCGAUUCUUGCCGUGGAGCGGGCGGGCGGUGUUGUGAACGAGUCCUCCAUCAGCAUAUCCCGCUCCAGCGGCAGCCUGACAGCCCGCCCUCUCAGCUUGAUCAACCAGACUCCGGGCUCGUCGACGACGGACUGCAGCACCGCUCAGGACCUCAGUCUGAGCUACACCUCCCAUCGCUGCUGCCCUCCCUCCUUCUCAGGCUCGGACCCCUGCAGGGACCCCACGGCGGUGGUGCAGGAGCUACUUUCCUCUCUUUCGGAGGACUCCUGCCUUGCUCAGAAGGGCCUGGCAGUAAACCCCGUCAACCUUAAGCUUCCCAGUCCUACUGGUUCCGAAAAUGCCAGCCCUGAGCUGGACAACAGAAUUAACAUCUUCAACCGCAGGAACCAAGGGUGUGUUCUCCUGCAGACCAAGCCACUUAUCCACCUGCAGGGCAGCACCACUGAGCCGUCCCUGGAGGAGAAGUACCGGCUGCUGGGCCCGGCGGACUCACCUCUGGGACACACGCCUGACACAUAAGUUGCACAUAAAGCCACAUUUACACAGAAGCUUUUAUUCUUUUAUAUAAAUUCGGUUCCGUUUGGCAUUUAUCUGUGCUGCAGAAGGACUGCAGCAGAUUUGAAAAUAGGGAUUUUUUUGUGUGUGUAACUUCAGUAUUAGCCAGUUUAGGGCAAGCUUUGAGCCGUAGCUUCCAGCUAACACUAAAGUACCUUCAUUGACUGUGUUCAGAGGUAAGUAGUCGGAGUGAAAAUUCUUCUUACGCGGUCUAACUACCACAAUGGUGUUUCAAAUCAGAAAUCCCUGACAUAGCACAAAAACUGGGAUGUGUCGGUGGACGCAGCCUUCAUCAGGAAUCCUUUGAACUUUGAGGAGGUCAGCAAUGCACUGAACUUAUCAAAACCAGCAAAAGGGCCGAUUAAGCCUAAACGGAACAAAAACACAGAUGCUGAACACCUUUCAGGCAGGUAAGGGGGUGUUUUCUAAUGUAUUUUCUUUCUUUUCAUUUGUAUUUCAACGUUCAACUGACUUAUGCUGUUCUUUGUUCAAACAGCCACAGGGUAUAAGGCAGGACUCAAAACAGCCAAUUUUUUAAAAAACUUUUGCCUUCCUGUCACCCAUUAUAAAAACAACCUGCUGAAUGGCAUUUUGUGUUUUGGAAUAACAGUAUUAGUGUUUUGUUUGGAUGAAAUGAGAAGGGAACUGAGUGGACUCCUCACACGAGUGCUUGUAGCAUGAACCUUUAAAGAAACGUGCCAUAAACAGGUGAGCAAAUUCUUUGCACUUUAAUGUUUACAGACUAUUUUGUAAACUUGAUAUGGAGAGAGUUGUUGCCAAAUGCAGGAGUUAUUUGAAUAAAAACAGCAAAAAUAAAACUUGGUAUUUCCCUAAA